CAUUUACCGACGCGAAAGCCUUCAGUAAGCAGGCGAUUCUCACGCGGUUCUCAGCUCCACUUCUGGGCUCUCUUAUCUUGCUAUGGAAAGCCUCAGGUUAGGUCUGACAGGCGUGGAGGCGGCGCUGGAGCGCUGGACGGAGGGGCGGGAGAAGUGGCAGGUCGUGGCGGGCUCGGCGACGCUCACGCUGGCGGCGAUGGCGCUUGGGAAUCUUUAUGCUAACAGAGCCGACGUGAAGGACGACAUUCAGGCCUGGGUCUUCCGCGUCAUUCGCUCCGUCCCCGCCAUCAAGAGGUACAUUCAGAAGCAGCUGGAUCAGUCCCGCAAAGAGAUACAGAAGGGGAUCUUCGAGGACGCGGGAGCCUCCGUCGCCGCCCUCCCGCCCCUCAAGGAGCUGCCUAAAGACGGGUGGUCGGAGGAGCGGGUCCUCGACGUCGCCGCAAACACGCUGGGGAAAGGCAACUAUGCCUGGCAGGACGGCAAGAUCUCCGGCGGCGCCUUCUCGGGAGGCAACGAGGACCUCUCCGACGUCCUCCUGAAGGUGUACGGGAUGACGGCGCUGACGAACCCCCUCCACGCAGACAUGUUCCCGGGAGUGAGGAAAAUGGAGGCGGAGAUCGUGAGAAUGACCCUCUCCAUCUUCCACGGAGACGACGAGGCGUGUGGAUGCGUGGGUUCUCGAAGUCUGUUUGUGGUGGAUAGGUGGUCGAAGCAAUCCCUCGCCAUGCCGUCACAGUCUUCGCUUCGACACGGCGAUGCUCCGCUGCUCGGCGUCAAGAUCAGGAAGGUACCCGUCGAUCCCGUUUCCUUCAAGGCAGACGUGAAUGCCAUGAGCAGAGCUAUCAACAGGAACACAGUCAUGCUCGUGGCGUCCGCACCCCAGUUCCCUCACGGCAUCAUCGACGACGUGGAGGCCAUCGGCGCCCUCGGUCUCGCCCGCGGCGUCCCCGUCCACGUCGACUGCUGCAUGGGAGGCUUCCUCAUGCCCUUCAUGGACGCCGCCGGCUACCCUUUGCCGCCCUUCGACUUCCGCGUCCCCGGGGUGGUCAGCAUUUCGGCCGACACGCAUAAAUACGGCCAGGCUCACAAAGGGUCCAGCGUGAUCAUGUACCGAAGACCAGAAUACCGUCACUACCAGUACUUCGUGACACCCGACUGGCCCGGAGGCAUCUACGGGUCACCGACAAUCGCUGGUUCUCGACCCGGAGGUUUGAUGGCGGUGUGCUGGGCUGCCCUCCUCUAUCACGGGGUCAGUGGGUACACCGACGCCGCGCGCAGGAUCAUAAGAACAGCCCGGGACUUGAAACAGCGGCUCCAGAGGGUUCCCGGGAUCCAGCUGUUUGGCGACCCCUUGACCUCCAUCGUCGCCUUUAGGAGUUCGGAGGUCAACAUCCUGGCCGUGGGAGACCUCAUGACGGCGCGGGGGUGGCACCUCACCUUCCUCCAGUAUCCGCCGGGCCUCCACGUGUGCCUGACCAGCCUCCAAGCCACGGACAAUUUCGCCGAAGAACUGGUGAAGGAUGUGAAGGAAACAAUGGACGUCGUUCGCCUUAAUCCUCAACCGCCUUCGGGAGUGGGCAAAGUAUAUGGUACUGCCGCCAGUAUACCCGACAAAACGCUAGUAGGGGAAGCUGCUAAGAUAUUUCUCACCUGCUAUUAUGAAACAGAAAUUGUACCAGACAACAAGGACAAGGUGAAAAACGUCGAAACAAGUCGCACCACAUAGUGAAAUUAUGUAGUAAGAGAUUUUAUAAUUAGUAAUGAAAGUUUUAUUGAUUUUUUGUGCAAAAUGUAGACUGCAUUUGCAUUUGGUAUCAAUAUCUAAACAGAUUAUUUGAAACGGAUAUGAUGUACUGGUCGUGGUGUUUAUAUAUUACAAACUGAAAAUCCA